AUGGACACGUUGUUUCAGAUGGCGUCGGCAAUGAAGUUUCAGUACUACUCGAAGAAGGCCGUUGGAAAGACAAUGUCCAACAGUGUCUCCAUUUCCAGUGACAACCGCAUGGAAGAUUUCAAGAGAAGAUUCCGUCGCAGUGGAUCUCUCGGAAUCCCAUUUGUUCCAGAGGAAGACGUCAAGCAACUCUUCACUCCGGCUCGCACUAUUCGCAAAGAAGCUUCAAUUCGCGAGGGAGACGAGGAAGAUGGUGUUCAAGUUCUCACAAUCAUCGUCAAAUCGAGUCGUGUCUCUGAGGAUAUCGCUAAAAUGAUCGCGAAUCUUCCGGAUCAGACACGUAUCAAGCAUCUGGAGACCCGUGACUGCCAAGAUGGUAGUACUACCACUAUGGAUGUACUUUUGGAGAUUGAGCUAUUCCAUUACGGAAAGCAAGAGGCUAUUGAUCUGAUGAGAUUGAAUGGACUCGAUGUCCACGAAGUCUCUUUCACUAUUCGUCCAACUGCAAUCAAGGAGCAAUACACUGAACCAGGAUCUGAUGAUGCCACUACUGGAUCCGAAUGGUUUCCUAAAAGUAUUUACGACUUGGAUAUUUGUGCCAAGAGAGUCAUCAUGUAUGGGGCUGGUCUCGAUGCUGACCAUCCCGGAUUCAAAGACAAGGAGUAUCGGGAGCGUCGCAUGAUGUUUGGCGAACUCGCUCUCCAAUAUAAACAUGGCGAGCCGAUUCCCAGAAUUGAAUAUACAGAUUCUGAGAGAAAAACAUGGGGUGUUAUUUACAGAAAGUUGCGCGAAUUGCACAAGAAAUAUGCAUGCAAGCAGUUUCUUGACAAUUUCGACCUCCUGGAGAGACAUUGUGGAUAUUCGGAAAACAAUAUUCCCCAAUUGGAAGAUAUCUGCAAGUUCCUGAAAGGUUUUUCAAGAAGUUUAGGACCAAACGAAUCACUAUUUUCAGCCAAAACUGGAUUUCGUGUCCGCCCAGUAGCUGGAUAUCUUUCGGCUCGUGAUUUCUUGGCUGGAUUGGCCUAUCGCGUUUUCUUCUGUACCCAAUACGUCCGUCAUCAUGCUGAUCCAUUCUACACUCCGGAACCAGACACGGUCCACGAACUGAUGGGUCACAUGGCUCUCUUCGCAGACCCAGACUUUGCUCAAUUCUCGCAAGAGAUUGGAUUGGCUUCAUUGGGAGCCUCUGAGGAGGACUUGAAGAAGCUCGCUACGCUCUACUUCUUCUCGAUUGAGUUUGGAUUAUCUUCUGAUGACGCGGCUGACUCCCCAAUGAAGGAACAUGGAUCAAACAAUGAAAGAUUCAAAGUCUACGGAGCUGGUCUUCUCAGCAGCGCAGGAGAAUUGCAACAUGCUGUCGAGGGAAGUGCCACAAUCAUUCGCUUUGAUCCGGACCGUGUUGUCGAACAGGAAUGUCUAAUUACCACCUUCCAAUCUGCCUAUUUCUACACUAGAAACUUCGAAGAGGCUCAACAGAAGCUCAGAAUGUUCACAAACAACAUGAAGCGUCCGUUCAUUGUUCGCUACAACCCAUACACUGAAAGCGUCGAAGUCCUCAACAACUCUCGUUCCAUAAUGUUGGCUGUGAACUCCCUCCGUUCAGACAUCAAUUUGCUUGCUGGAGCCCUUCACUACAUUCUAUAA